AUGAUUAAAUAUAUAUCAUACACAUAUAUAAUAAUAAUAAUAAUAGUUAAAUUUGUAAACUGUGCAGAUCAAGAUGUUUAUCAGCCGUCUGGAGGUGAAGAUGAUGAUAGUGAUGAUGAUAACUAUGAUCUAGUUGUAAGAGAAUUGGAAACAUUAAUUGAAGAAGAUCAAAAAUCUGGUGAUACAGUAGUUUCUGAUAAUAUUAUGGAACAUGGACUUGGGCAUAUUGUUUAUGACUCAUAUAGUUCACAAAGAAUUACAACUCAUGUAACUGAGGAUGAGAAAAUAAAACAAUCAUUAUCAAUCCAUCAUAGAGAAAAACAUGAAGUUGAAGACGUAAAAAAAAGUAAAGAAAUUAUUUUUAUGAAGAAGGAUCAUCUAGGUAAUUUCUUUCCAAUGACUGAACUAGACUACAAUCGUAUAUGGGACGAUAAUAAUUCAAUGAAAUAUAAUUUUAUUACUAAAGUUGAACAAAUAUUAUAUAAAUCUGAAACUGUUUAUGAUCAUAGGCCUGACAGAGCUUAUCCUUUAUCAUUAACUUAUAACAAAAAAAGAAAGGUUUUUAUUCUUCGUCUUGAAGAUGAUGGAUUUCUUUAUAUUAAUAAACGUCAAGGUCAGUGGAAAAUAUUAGCAAGAAAAAUUCCAAACUAUGUUAAACUGUAUUCAAUAGAUUCUGAAGGAAAUCAAUUUCAACUAUCAGAAGGACAAUAUUAUCUUUAUUUAACUGACAAAUGUUGUUUUAAAUAUAUUUUCUUUUCAGAAAUACCUUGUGUUAAAAUCAUAGCUAACAAUAAACUAGUUUGGGAGAAAAAACCUAAUGAAAAUAGAUUGUUAUCAGUUUAUAUUAAUCUUAAAGGAGAUUUUUUGGCUAAAUUCGAAAGUCAUAUUAGCGUAAUUGCUAAAAAACAUAAUGAAUAUAAAUAUAUGUUCGAUAAGCCUGGGAAAUAA